AUGACUACUCCUAUGUCAUAUCCUUUUCCACAAUUCUUGGGUCAUACCGAUCAAUGUAAUGCCUUACUCGAGUUUGCUGGUUCACUUGGAAUCGCGACCACAGUUGAUUCCAAGUAUUUCUGCAACGAAGAUGGCGCCAAUAUCACAUCUUAUCCAAGGACAGCAUCUUGGAAGAGAGGUACCAACUGCUGCACAUGGAACGGGAUCAGGUGUGACAAUGCAACAGGUGACGUGAUCGAAGUCGACCUCAGCUGCAGUCGUCUCCAAGGAACCCUCCAUCAGAACAGCACCCUCUCAUUGCUUCAUAAUCUUCGGAUCCUCUACCUUCGAGGUAAUGCUCUCACCGGAGAUAUCCCAUCUUUUAUAUGUCAGAUGAGGUCCCUGGAAGAGCUGUCUUUCGCAGAUAACAAGCUUGGUGGUACAAUUCCACCUUGUUUGGGGAACCUGAGCAAAAUCUCAUACUUGAGCAUAAGUUUUAACCGGAUGCAAGGUUCAUUGCCAAGAUCCCUAGCUAACUGUACCAGGUUGAAAUUUCUUAGCCUUUUCUCGAAUGGCAUAACCGAUUCUUUCCCAAACUGGCUAAGAACGGUCCCGCUACGGACUCUGCAACUGGGUGAUAACAACUUCCAUGGCCUCAUUGGACCUGACGCUGUUGCACUUGACUUCCCUCAUCUCGAUGUCCUGAUCAUAGAGACAAAUUAUUUCACCGGCAGCUUGCCAGCCAAGUGCUCUGCCGAUUUUACCACCCACAGUCGGAAUGUUUUUCGUGUCAAGCAAUAUGUUAACCGGAGAGAUCCCUCCUCUGUUAUGCAAUUCUACCAAUCUUGUGGACCUUGA